AGUGCACCGUCACCGUAAACAAACGGUGGUCCAGGAGGGUGGUGGUAUCCAGUGGAGGCUUCAACCAGCGAACUUGUCCUUAUAAUGAGACGCUCACCCACGCUUCUUCUUUCUCUCUCCACUCCCAUUUCUCACCCCACACCUCCUUCUCUACACUCUUCUUCCCUCUAACCACAACCGAUUAUCAAAUUAGGGUUUUCGUUGGGGGAAACAAAAAUAGGGGGAAAUACUCUGGAGAGUCUGUAGAAAACAUGGUUGUCGAUGAUAUGACGAAGUGCAUCAUCGUCGGCUAUGGAGCUUCCGAUUCUUCUCGUUUCUCCGAUGCUUGUCCCAAAAGGGGUUUGAUGGAGGGGAGAUAUAGUGGGGAUUGAUAUGAUCAAGGUGUUUAUAAGGUUGUUUUGUUGAAUUCUUUUUGGGAUGGCAAUAUUGUACGAACCAGCAAUAAAACUCAUCAACGAGAUGAGCUAGCAUGGGCGAUUCUUGUCUUGCUACUUUGUCAAUGGAGAAUCAUCACCCCUCCACGCUCCUUUCAAUGGACUCAAGUGCAUCUUCUCACGAGGAACUCGAUUUGGAGAUGAAUCGCCAAAUCAUACUCUCUCGUCCGCCGGAUAUCAAUCUUCCCCUCUCUGCCGAGCGCAGCCCGCCUCCGCAGCCAUGGAAUCCGGAGCCUUGUGAUAUUCUUGACGUUGGUCUUGGUACUCAAGGGUACGAGACUGAGAGUUUUCUCAAUCUGCCCAAAGCUGGUAGGAAGUGUGCGAAGCGUGUUGAUAGCAUAUGGGGUGCUUGGUUUUUCUUCAGUUUUUACUUUAAGCCUGCUUUGAAUGACAAGUCUAAGGCCAAGAUUGUCAGGGACAGCAACGGUGUUUCAGGGUUUGAUAAAUCUGAUCUGAAGCUUGAUGUUUUCAUGGUUCAACAUGACAUGGAAAACAUGUACAUGUGGGUUUUCAAGGAGAGGCCGGAGAAUGCGUUGGGUAAGAUGCAGCUGAGGAGUUACAUGAAUGGGCAUUCUCGUCAAGGGGAGCGCCCGUUUCCAUUUAGUGUUGACAAGGGUUUUGCCCGAUCCCACAGGAUGCAGCGAAAGCAUUAUAGAGGACUAUCAAACCCUCAGUGUGUGCAUGGCAUUGAGGUUGUUCCUGCACCCAAUCUGAUGACCCUGGAUGAGGAUGAUCGAAAGAGGUGGAUGGAACUCACUGGCCGAGAUUCGAAUUUCACAAUCCCACCUGAAGCAAGUGAUUUCAGUUCAUGGAGAAAUCUUCCCAACACGGACUUUGAGCUUGAGAGACCACCUCCCCCAAUCAAGAAUGGUCCUAAUGCACACCCGAAGAAGCUGCUUAAUGGAUCUGGACUGAAUUUAUCAACUCAUCUAUCUAACCACAGUAACGGUGAUGUGUUGGACCUCUCUCCUGUCAGCGGCAAAAAGAGGAAGGACUUUUUCCCUCAUAGAAAUGAAGAAGAAUGUUACUUGGCCGUUAAUCCUCCAUCUGAUCGUAUUCCAGAUAUAGAAAUGCACCCAAGUGAGCCACACUGGCUGAAUGACUUCAGCGGGGUGAUAAAGAGUGUUUAUGGACCUGUUACAGCUGCAAAAACUAUUUAUGAGGAUGAACAAGGUUACUUGAUUAUUAUCAGUCUUCCCUUUGUAGAUCUACCAAGUGUGAAAGUUUCAUGGAGGAACACUCUGACUCGCGGUAUCAUAAAGGUUUCUUGUAUGAGCACAUCUCGGAAACCUUUCAUCAAGAGACAUGAUAGGACAUUCAAGCUUACAGAUCCAUCGUCAGAGCACUGCCCUCCUGGAGAGUUUGUCCGAGAAAUCCCUCUCUCAACACGAAUUCCUGAAGAUGCCAACAUAGAAGCAUAUUAUGAUGGGCCAGGCUCGGUGCUUGAGAUCCUGGUGCCAAAACACCGGGUGGGACCAGAAGAACAUGAAGUCCGUGUUUGCCUCCGCCCUCAUCUGGGAGGGAAUGGUCUGAAGUUAACAUGAGAUAGGCACUUAAAAAAAUUGUUAGGGAUUUCAAUAUGGUGCGCAUGUGAUUGUUUUUCUAACUUUGUACCAUACAGUGUUAUUUGCUAUAGAAUUGUGUGUCUUUCAUUUUGUCUGUAGCAAUUUUAGCUUGCUGACUGCUCUGGUUCUUUUUGUUCCGGUGCAUUUGUAUGCUAUUGAUUGUUAGCAGUAUUGAACAACUAGUUGUCAUAAUUUAAAAGAAAUUAUGAAAUCAUACCGUUGGAAUAAUUUGCUAUUCCAUUACGAUCUUGGACUCUGAUUUA